UAUCAUAAUCCUAUUCACUUCAUUAUGCCUACAAUCAUGAUUCUUGGUUCCAUCACCCGCAUGCUCUUUUCUAAACACUCUCACUCUUAUUCCUAAUGCAAACUCACUCUCAUUUUCAUUCAUACACACCUAUAAAUCUCAUUGACCCCCCCAAUCCUUUCUCUCACCUCAACCUCAACACUCCAAUCAAAUCUCUCUAUAUAUAUAUAUCUCUCUCAACUUCUCUUCCUAGCUUUCAAGUUUAAAGUUCAAACCUUUUUAUCUCAAAACGAAACUCCUCUGUUUUCCCCUGUUUUCCUCUGUUUUUACUCUGUUUUCCUCUGUUUUUUCUCUGUUACAUCAAACACAUUCAUCAUCCUCCACACCCCAAAUGGCUGUAUCUGGCUUUGAAGGAUUUGAGAAACGUUUGGAACUUCAUUUCUUUGGAGAUGAUCCAAUUAUAUUCCAACUGGGUCUAAGAAAAAUUGUUUUUGAAUCAAUACAACAAGUCUUAGAAGCUGUUCAAUGCACGGUAGUUUCAGCAGUUGGAAACUCUUACUUUGAUGCAUAUGUUUUAUCAGAAUCAAGUCUAUUUGUUUAUCCAACUAAGAUCAUAAUCAAAACAUGUGGAACAACUCAACUUCUCAAAUCAAUUCUUCCUUUAAUUCACUAUGCAAACCAAAUAGGCUUAACUUUAUGCUCUUGUCGCUAUACAAGAGGAAGUUUCAUCUUCCCAAAUUCACAACCUUUUCCUCACACUAGCUUCAAUGAUGAAGUAACCUUCUUAGAAGACACUAUCCCUUCAAAUCUAUGCCAUAGAAAAGCUUCAAUCAUGCCUUCUAAAUCCUCUUCACACUCAUGGCAUGUUUUCACUGCUCACUCUUCAAUAACUCAUCGAAAUCACAGUGACAGUGAUAUCUUCACCAUGGAGAUAUGCAUGACUGAGUUAGACCCUAUUCUUGCUAGAAAAUUUUUCCGGCGACCGGGAGAUGGAAAAACCGGCGACUCAGCCGGAAAAGAGAUGACGGAGCUUACCGGAAUCAAUGAAAUAAAUCCAAAUGCAUUCAUUUGUGACUUUGCAUUUGAUCCUUGUGGAUAUUCAAUGAAUGGAAUGGAUAAUGAUUGGUAUUCAACCAUUCAUGUUACACCAGAAGAUGGUUUCAGUUAUGCAAGCUUUGAAUGUGUUGGUUCUGUUAACGACAACAUAGCACAUGUUUUAAGGAAGGUUGUUCAGAUUUUCCGACCAGGUACUAUGUCAAUAUCAACUACAAGCAAUGAUUAUAGCAAUGAGAUGUUGAAGAAGAUGGUGAAUGCUGUGGAGCCUCUUGGAUUGAAAUGUAAGAGUCGUGCUGUGGAUCGGUUUCCGGCGUCCGAGACUGUUGUUUUUCAAACAUUCACGGCUCGCCGGAGAAGUGUUUAAUGACGACGGCGGUGAGGUGGUUGGUGUUAUGGAGGGAAAAGAAAUUUAAUUAAAAUUAAAAUAGGGAAUUGGUGUUAGAGUUAGUUGGAAAAAAAAUUCAUAAAAAAAGUGUUAGUUGAAAAAAAAAAAAAAGGGGUGACGUGGCUUAAUGUGAUUGGUUUAAUGGUGGUGAAUGGUGAUGUAGAAGUCUACUAUGAACAUGAACAUGAACAUGUUAAGGAUUCAUGUUGGGAAUGGGAUGGUAAAUGUUGGGAUGAUCAUGAUAGUGCAACCCACUUAGGAUUGUCACGCAUAAGAAUUUUGAUGAUGUUUAGUGGGUGUAAAAGUGCUAUUGUUUGAGAUUAUAUUGGACUUUUUUUUAUGA